ACACCCUCAUUAUUUUGACGUAGCCAAAAAACUAUAUUUGCCAACAUGCACACCAUCGUUUGUCGAAUCACUAAAACCUUUAGUCGAUUUAUUAUCGGACUGGGCCUUUACUUGUCCAAUAAAGGAUGAAGCACAUCAACGGGUCUUAAUGUUUCCAACAACUAAAGUUUUUGUUUACCGGCUUGCAUACUCUUCCCCAGUACCACAUGCAAUUUCAGUUGGAACUUAUGGUUUUGCAAACCAUGGCGAGGACGUAUGGUCAUUAUUUGGGCUACCUUUUAAAUUCAACUUUCCAAAAGAAGAUAAGAUAUUGUCACUGAGAUUUAUAUCAUACCUCGUCAAUUUUGCAAGGACAGGUAAUCCAAACAAAGGUAAACCUAAACUACCAAAAGAUUUUGAAAAUGUUAACCUUCCAAACUGGCCUCUUCAUACCCCAAACGGAGAAGAAUAUUUGAAGAUGGAAAGUUUAAAUAAGAUGGUGGUUAAAACAAAACUUCGCGAAAAAUAUUGUGAUUUUUGGAGCACGCCCAUGUACGCUUUAUACAGAUCAGCGUAUUUUUAACUUUAUGUAACUGUAUUGAAUUUCGUUCUCCUAUGAUGAACAAAAUUUGUGUUUUUUUCUUUGUAGAAUAA